AUGCAAAGAACUAAAAGGAAAUUGGAAGCAAGAGAGAGAAAGAAACAAGAGGCCGAAAUGAAAAAGAACUGUUUUGGAAAUGAGGACGUCGCAUCAGAUUCAGGAUCAAAGAGGCCGGACUUUGAAUUUUCAAGCGAUCUAACAGUUUUAGAAGGUCUGAAAUUUGGGAGAAUGUCAUUUAAAGGCUGCAACCCAGAAGUCGAGAAACUAAUGGUAUACUACGAACGCAAAAUGAAUGGGGAUUCCUCCGACUCAGACUCUGACUACGAGAAAGAUAUAGGAGAUAUUGAGAUGACUACGACGCUGCGUGGUGGAGCAAAAGCCAACAAGAAUAAAAGUAUAGAGAAAAUCAAAAAUUCCUUUACGGGUCUGAAUGAAUCAAGUACGGGCGAAAAAUUAAAUUUCAUUGAUGUUCGUAAACGAGGAGCCCAACCAAAUUGGGCUGGUCCACCAACGAAGACAAGAAAAAGUUGUUAA